AUGGGUCCGAGCUUCCUGGUAGAACCUCCCCAUCUGGUGUCUUUCACGAACGAUACCGGGGCGGUCAUCCCCUGCUCAGUGCGUGGCCAUCCCCAACCGAGCAUCUCCUGGGCUCAAGGCCCGCGCAACACCCUCAGAGAUAUGCCUGGACUGAGGCACUUUCGUGCAGACGGAAGCCUAGUGUUCCCGCCAUUCGCUUCGGAGGAUUACAGGCAAGGUGUUCACGACGGAGUGUACAGGUGCAUCGCUAGCAAUGCUGUUGGAAGCAUCGUCAGCAGAGAAGUUCACGUUAAAGCAGUCGUUCGUCGUCGCUACAAGGUGCAAGUCUACGACGAGUUCGUGGUGCGUGGCAACACGGCUGUUCUACGCUGUCAAGUCCCUUCUUUUGUUCGAGAUCACGUGGACUAUUCGUGGAAAAGGGAGGAUGGAACAUCUAUCACUUCUUCUCUCAUCAGAGGUGGUCGGUACAGCGUUCUUCCUAGCGGAGAACUCUACAUCCGGUCAGUGACGCAAGCAGACGGUCAGAAGAGUUACAGCUGUCAGACAAGACACCGGCUAACGGCAGAAAUAGUGGAGAGCUCUUCUGGUGGAAGACUUUUCAUUACAGAGCCACAUGGAACAUCGCCUCCGAAAAUCACCGACAUCCGACCACUUGUCAUGGCUAUGGAGGGACAUUCUGUGGAGCUGGCGUGUGCAGCCACGGGAUUUCCGGCACCUAAUUACAGGUGGUACCGCGACGAGGAAGGACGCAUGAUAGACUUGGCCUCAAGCACAAGAAACACCCAGCUUGGUGGUUCAAUCCGGUUGCGGUCAGUUUUGGUUCAAGAUGGCGGCCGCUACGUCUGCGUGGUUAACAAUUCGGCUGGUGAUGAUCGGGCUGCUACGCUGCUUAGCAUCUCAGCCCCUUUAUCAGUGCAGAUAUCACCAUCAGUGCAGACGGCCGAUGUUGGUCGGUCGGCCACCUUCAACUGCACGGUGUCCGGCCAUCCUAUCCGGACACUAACCUGGCUCAAAGACAGGAGACCCAUCCUGCCGGAUAGGAUCAUGAUGCUGUCCAGAGACGUUCUACACAUAGCUUCGGUUCAGAGGGAGGACCGGGGAGUGUACCAGUGUCUGACAUCCAACGAACACGACUCGGCACAGGGUGCAGCAGAGCUCAGACUUGGAGAUGUAGCACCGGUUCUGCUAGCUACCUUCGCGGGUGAAGCUGUUAGACCGGGGUCUUCUGUAUCUCUUCGUUGCACCGCUUCCGGAAAUCCAUUACCCCAGGUCACAUGGUUUCUGGACGACGCCAGAAUCCCAGAUGCGCUUCGUUUUCGUGUCGGUGAUUACGUCACAUCUGACGGCCAUGUCAUGAGUUAUGUGAACAUCAGUGACGUCAGAGUCGAAGAUGGUGGCGAGUACAUGUGCUCUGCCGAAAACGCAGUCACUUCAACGCAACACAAAGCUCGAUUGGAUAUCUACGGACCACCCUUCGUCAGACCCAUGCCGAAUAUGAGCGUGGUGGCUGGAACUAUUGUAAGCCUCAAGUGCCCCGUUUCUGGAUAUCCAAUAGAAUCCAUUGCGUGGCUGAAAGAUGGUACCACUCUCCCUGCCAACCAUCGCCAAAAACUGGAUCAACUUGCGGGUAGACUUCUCAUCCACGAUGUCCAGCGUCCGGCUGAUGAAGGGGCCUACACCUGCCGGGCUCUCGGCGCAGACAGUCGAACAGCAGAAGGGACCCUGCACGUCAGAGUAUUAGUUGCUCCGAACAUUGAACCUGUUAUGCUGCCCCCGAAAAUGCAUGCCAAAGAAGGUGCACGAACAAAGCUGAUGUGCAGCAUCACCCAAGGGGAUCCACCAAUACAAAUUUCUUGGCGGAAAAAUGGUUUUCCCGUUCCUUUGGAGAAAGACACAACAAUUCAAAGUUUGGAGGAAUCUUCGCUGCUCAUUUUUCGGAAAACGGCUUCCAAACAUUCGGGAAAUUACACUUGCUUUGCUUCAAACGAAGCAGCGACAGUCAACAGAACGACUGAAGUUAUAGUUAAUGUUCCUCCUAAGUGGAUAGUGGAGCCGAAGAACAGUUUUGCUAUCCUCGGACAAGGAGUAGUCAUGGAUUGUGUGGCGGAAGGUUAUCCCAUUCCUAAGAUACACUGGAAAAAAGCAACAGGAUCUGCGACAGGUGACUUCGUAGACGUGUUAUCUCGACGGCAAACCCUCGAGAACGGAUCUCUGUCGCUACAAGAAGUGGGCGAAUCUGAUGCCGGCUUGUACCUUUGCCAAGCCCUAAAUGGAAUCGGAGCUGGAAUCAGCAAAGUCGUCACUCUGACGAUACACAUCCAAGUUCAUCAGCAUCAGUGUGCCCAAAGGACAAGACGCGGAACUGCGUUGUGAGGCGAAAGGAGAUCUACCCAUACAAAUCAGCUGGGAAAAGGACAAACAGCCUUUGGACCCGAAAUCCAUAAAAAGAUUAUCGAGUGUAGAACAUGAGUCUGACUCCCACUCUUCGUCCAUUUUAUCAAUCAAAGGAGCAGGGCGCACAGACUCCGCCUUAUACACCUGUCUAGCUUCCAACCCCUUUGGUUCAGACGAUACAAACAUACAGCUUGUUGUACAAGAGCCACCAUCAGCACCUGUGGAACUGAACGUGAAGGAGAAAAGCAGUCGCUCCGUCACACUUUCUUGGUCUCCAAGUUUCAGCGGCAACAGCCCGCUGACCCGGUAUACCAUCCAGUAUGGAAAUGACAGCAAUGAAGGAAUGCUGGAAGAACUCUCUGUCUCGGGAUCGGAAACAACAGCUGUGAUAAGAAGCCUUCUGCCAUCCCAUUCCUACAAAUUCCGAAUUCAAGCCCAAAAUACGCUGGGGAGCAGUGAACCCGGGGACUUAAUGACUGUCACCACAGAUGAAGAAGUUCCAGGUGGUCCACCCCUUGACGUUGAAGUACGUCCAACUGGAUCGCAGUCUUUGAAAGUCACGUGGAAGCCGCCUCGAGAAGACUUACAGCAUGGAACCAUCCGCGGAUACUACAUCGGGUACAGGGCUGCCACAGAUCUAGACGGACAGUACCAGUACAAAAAUGUAGAAUCGAGUGGAAACAGCCCCGAAUUGAGCUACUUGACCAAUCUCCGGAGAUUGACCAGCUACAAAAUCAUUGUCCAGGCUUACAACGACGUCGGAGCAGGACCAAGGUCAGACGAGGUGACAGCAACCACGUUGGAAGCAGCCCCACCCACAUCUCCUGUUCUGUCUCUCCAUUCUACGACGUCAUCAUCAAUGACAGUCACGUGGGAAAGGCCAACAGACGAUAUUGGAAUAAGAGAGUACGUUCUUUAUUAUAAACCCGAAGGAGGAGGCAGUGACGAGUUUUUGGAACAGAAAAUAAACACCCCAGGCAGUCGUUAUACGCUGGAAGGGCUACUCUGUGGGACUGGGUAUCGUCUUUACAUGACAGCGACCAACAGCUUGGGUACCGGAGAGCCGAGUGAAAUAAUCACCGGAAGAACUCGAGGAGCGGCCCCAGUCAGCCCUUCCAAAGAGUCAUUCCUUGUUCCGAAUUCGACCUUUGUGACCUUGCUGCUGUCUUCCUGGCAAAGUGGAGGAUGUCCCAUCUUGCAUUUCACGGUGCAGCUGCGCGGAGCACAAGGGCACUGGAGGACGGUUCUGGAGAGGGCAGAUCCUGGCAGAGAAAUCCUCGAAGUUCGCCACCUGGUGCCGGGCAGAGAAUACACAAUGCGUGUUUCCGCCCACAGCGAGGCUGGAACCACAGAGGCCGAGUACCGAUUCGGAACCCUCAAUGUGACUGCGGCCGUUCCAAUCUUGAAGAGUGGAGGCCAUCCUCCCCUGUCCGAGAGCGCGGGCUCUCCCUUCUACCGCAACCUGACCGUCCUACUCCCCCCUGUGAUCAUCUCCGUGGCUGUGCUGGUGGUCGUAGUCAUCGCAGUCAUCGUCUGCCUCAGGAAACAAGUCGACACCGGGAGCAUGAGCGAAGAUAGCCGGAAAAGUCGCAUGCCUGGAGAGCACCUCGGUCUGGCCGAAUUCCCUCCUCCCCCCAAGAAUCUUAAAGAGCAUGCCGGGGAUGCAACGUCGUACGGCGGACCAAAAUCCUCGUAUUAUUCCUCGCCUGCCAGGAAGCCAUUGGCUAUGGCGUCCGACUCACACAGAGGAAUUUCCGGUGACAGUUCUCUAACAAUCAAAAAGUACUCGGGCUGGUCCUGAUGAGAACGUGGAAGGACUUUGGGACAUUUUAUUCCUGUGCCAAGAACGCGGACGUUCCACGCUGAGACGGAAGCAUUCACGCCCCCGUUGUAUAUCUCACGAUUGUAUAUUCACAGCAUAUAUAUA